ACCCUAAACAAAUGUGCUGACAGAGCAUGAGUACUAGCUCUUGUACAUAAGGCUGGGAGUAACAUCAGAGUGCAGUGGGACAUCCACACAGGAGGAGACCUUCCAGGAUGAUUGUGAAAAAGGCAUUGAAAACAUCCCUGAUGUUUAAUGAGUCCUCCAACAUGAAAUCAGGCGUGAACAAUCAAAAAGACAUCAAAACGUUUCAAAUCUUAGGGGCAAUUUUGACACUUGGUCUUGUCCUGAUGGCUGUUUACUUCAUGAGUGUGGACAGCACAGUUGAUGCUAACGAAGAAGCAGCAGUUGUCAGCAUUUACAGAAAGGUGGAGGAGGAAGAAGGACUCUACAGAGACCUCUCAGAGGAAGAAGGACUCUACAGAGCCCUCCCAAGAGCCACAAUAACUGAGGAGGGCACCAAGAGGUCCAAUGACUCCUGCAGCUUUGAACUUGUGGAAAAUGUUCCUUAUGACUUACCCUUCGAGAUAAACAGCACUGCGGCCAAACCCUUGUACCAAGCCUGGAUGGGACUGCUUGAUCUAGCCCAGGAAAAAGUUUAUGUGGCUUCUUACUACUGGUCUCUUACUGGGAAGGAUAUCGGUGUCAACGACUCCUCUUCCAAGCGGGGUGAAGAUAUUCUGCAGAGGUUUGAGAGGUUACUCGCAGAGAAUGUCUCUUUGUAUAUUGCAGCAAGUUCACCAACUCUGGCUACAAAAUCAACGGACCUUGAGAUUUUAGAGAAAAAAGGGGCUCAUGUGAAAAAGAUUGAUUUUGGACGUUUGACAGGAGGAGUGUUGCAUAGCAAAUUCUGGAUAGUAGACAUGAAACACAUAUAUAUUGGUAGUGCAAACAUGGACUGGAGAUCUUUAUCUCAGGUGAAAGAGUUUGGCGCUGUGAUGUAUAACUGCAGCUGUCUGGCCAAAGACCUCUGGAAAACAUUUAGUACCUACUGGGAUGUUGGAUAUCCUAACUCUACCAUCCCAUUCCCUUGGCCUCUUAAUUAUUCUACCCACAUUAACAAUCAUCGGCCUCUGGAAGUAGAAUUCAAUGGAAUCUUGACAGAAACCUAUUUUUCUGCUUCCCCUCCAGCAUUUUGUCCAGAAGGUCGCACCCAUGACCUCUAUGCUAUACUCAGUAUUAUCAGCCAGGCACAGAAGUUUGUCUAUGUUUCUGUUAUGGAAUAUUUCCCUACCAGCCGUUUUGUCCUUCCAAAAAGAUACUGGCCGGCCAUUGACAACGCCCUGAGACGCGCGGCUUUCAACCACAGAGUGCAAGUCCGGCUUCUGGUCAGCUGCUGGGCAUACACUGACCCAGCCAUGCUCCACUAUCUGAGGUCCCUGCGUGCUCUCAACAACCCACAUGUCCACAUCAGUGUUGACGUGAAACUCUUCAUUGUUCCCGUUCUGAAUCAUACAAACAUUCCUCAUGGGAGAGUGAAUCACAACAAAUACAUGGUCACUGAUAAAGUAGCCUACAUUGGGACUUCCAAUUGGUCAGAAAACUAUUUCACUGAUACAGCUGGUGUGGGACUAAUUAUCAAACAGAAUUCGACCAACCUGCAAAGUAGGCAACAACCUAUCCAGGAGCAGCUGAAAGAGCUUUUUGAUCGAGACUGGAAUUCCAAAUACGCGGUGGAUCUGGAAGAUGUGCAGGGACAGAAAGACUGUAACUGGGAGGCAGACCCUGAAGUGAACUGAAAUGUACUUUUAAAAUAAGAACAAAAAAAAAAAUUAUUUGGAUCUUGUUCAUGUGCAAAUCAAGGAACUCUCUUCUAUUUGUCUUUGCCAGAGAAAUCACUUUCUUGUGGCAUCCACAUUGAGGACAUAAGAAUUUCUGGUAGUUGACUCUACCUGCAAAACCAUUAGUCAAUGUGUGAUGUUUGAUUUUUUUGUGUGCUUACCUCACUGCAGGUAUGUUGUAUGACAAGCUGUCUGGCAUUAAAGCAAACAUCAGAGACACAGAUCA